CCUCGAGGCGGGACCCGAAAAAGCAGAUUUGCGAGAGAGCAUCACUGUCGAGGAACUGCGACCUUCAUCGACACUAACCAGCAGCCACCAUGCCUACCCGGUUCUCCAAGACAAGAAAGCACCGCGGCCAUGUGUCCGCCGGUAAGGGUCGUGUUGGCAAGCACAGGAAGCACCCCGGUGGUCGCGGUAUGGCCGGUGGUCAGCACCACCACCGCACGAACCUCGACAAGUACCACCCUGGUUACUUCGGCAAGGUCGGCAUGAGGCACUUCCACCUCCUCCGUAACCACUACUGGGCCCCGACCAUCAACGUCGAGAAGCUCUGGUCUCUCGUCCCUGCUGAGACCCGGGAGAAGUACAUCAGCGGCGCCAAGACCGACUCUGCUCCCGUUAUCGACCUCCUGUCUCACGGCUAUGCCAAGCUCCUCGGCAAGGGCCGUCUCCCCGAGAUCCCCUUGGUUGUCCGGGCGCGGUACGUCAGCGCAGAGGCGGAGCGCAAGGUGACGGAGGCCGGUGGUGUGAUCGAGCUCGUUGCUUAAGUCGGACGCGGAACGGUUAAAUCAAAGGCGCUAUAGCGAUUGGCAUUUUUCGGUUACGAGGGAAAACCGGAUAGCGAACCCAAUGGCAACGGAUCGGACGGUCAGACGAGCGUCAGCUAUGAGUGCUAGGUCCCGGAGUCCUGGUUGGUUCCUGGGGGUGAUGGAAAAGCACCCCCAUAUUGCAGCAUUGGGGAAUGGGAUGUUUCUUUGCAUCUUCAGGGGGUGUGCUGGCCGUCACGUGUUCCAUAUCCAUCUCGAGGUUCGAGCAAUUGAGUUCUCACGUUUACGGCGAGG